AUGUCCUCAUCUUCCCAUCUCCUCUUGCUAUAAAUUCCACCCUUUAAGCCCUUAAAAUCCAAACUCUUUUGGAUCAAAACGCAGUUGUUUAGAGUUGCUGAGGCAAAAGGAAGGCGUUUUUGGGGUUUUGUGGGGAAUUGGAGGUGACCCAGAACAAAAAGUUGAAAGCUUUGAUGAGCAGAGAAAGCAGCAGCAGCAGCAGCAGCAGGAGGUAUUGCAGAGGGGGAAAUGGUGAUUUCAAUAAUAAUAAUGAUAAUGGGUUUGAAGGUGGCGGUGGGUGCAAGUCUUUUGGUGAGAAGUGUACCAAUUUGGUGAAGAAACAGAGGACUAAAUUUUAUAUUCUUAGAAGGUGCAUUGCUAUGCUUGUGUGUUGGAGAGACAGAGGGGAGUCUUGA